CCAGAGUAAAUGGAGAAGCCAAACAAUGUGACUGAAUUCAUUCUUUUGGGCAUUACAAAGAACCCAGAGCUGCGGAAAAUAUUAUCGGCUGUGUUUCUAGUCAUGUAUGUGGCCACCGUGUUUGGGAACCUACUCAUUGUGGUCACUAUGACGGCAAGUCAGAGCCUGAGGUCACCUAUGUACUUUUUCCUUACUUCCUUGUCCCUCAUGGAUGCCACCUAUUCUUCUGUCAUCGCCCCGAAGUUGAUUGUAGACUCCCUCUCUGAGAGCACUACCAUCUCCCUGGCAGGCUGCAUGACCCAGCUCUUUGCAGAACAUUUCUUUGGUGGGGUGGGGAUCAUCCUUCUCAUUGUGAUGGCCUAUGACCGCUAUGUGGCCAUCUGUAAGCCCUUGCACUACAUGACCAUCAUGAGUCCUCGAGUGUGCUGCCUUUUGCUCGGGGGGGCCUGGAUCGGGGGCUCAGUGCAUGCAACAAUACAGCUUCUCUUCAUGUACCAAAUACCCUUCUGUGGUCCCAAUAUCAUUGAUCACUUUAUGUGUGAUUUAUUUCCAUUGUUGAAACUGGCCUGCAUGGACACUCAUUUCCUGGGCCUGUUGGUCAUCCUCAAUAGUGGGGUGAUGUGUGUAACCAUUUUCUUCAUCCUCAUCAUCUCCUACAUGGUGAUUCUAUGCUCUCUGAAGUCUUGCAGCUCUGAAGGGCGGCGUAAAGCCCUCUCGACCUGUGGCUCCCACCUUAUGGUGGUCAUCUUGUUCUUUGUGCCAUGCAUUUUCUUGUACAUGAGACCUGUGGCUACGUACCCCAUAGACAAAGCAAUGGCUGUGUCCUUUACCAUGGUUGCGCCCAUGUUAAAUCCCUUGAUUUACACCCUGAGGAACGCAGAGGUGAAAAAUGCCAUGAAGAAACUUUGGCUGAGACAACAAACUGUGGGUGGACACUAG